UGUCUUGCUGAGGAGGUGGUGGCUUCUGCUCGGUGAAGAAAAAAGCUCCUGAUUUUAGUUUUCCAGAACGCACCCGCCUUCGCUUGCGCAAACCCGCGUCUCGAUGCAGAGGCUGGUCGCGCGUCCCUGAUGGCAGCCAGCGCGCAAGAAGAUGUGUGUGCGCCCGAAAAUCGGGUUUAACUUGGGAUUUAACUCGUGUGUCGUAUAAUUUGGGAUAUAUAUGAUUAACCGCGAUUUUGUGAACCGAAUGGAUGCGGGAAUGAUGCCUCACCGUGUCGGGAUUUCCUUCCUGUGCCUCUUUGUAGCGGUGAUGAGCUCUGUGGUACAUACCAGCAUCUCGCUGCCUCAUGACGGAGACGCCUUGGUAAAGACGAGGGCUCGGCGUGAUGACGCCAGGUUCCUCGGGAGAGAGAACACGGUACCGGUCCGGUUAGCUUACCGAAUGGAUGGAGACAGCCAGGCCGCUUAUGAUGUUCUUAACACACGGGUCCGAAUGAGCUCUGACAGUAAACAGAACCACAUGGCUCAGGCUAGCUUCCAGGUGCAGGCCUUCGGACAGACCUUCAUUUUAGACGUGGAGCUGAACCAUGACCUUCUAUCAUCAAAUUACAUUGAGAGGCACAUAUCUGAGGAGGGGAAGUCAGUUGUCAACAAAGGUGGAGAACAUUGCUACUACCAUGGGAAAGUACGUGAUAUUCCGAAGUCAUAUGUGGCGCUUUCAACUUGCCAUGGAUUACAUGGGAUGUUCUUUGAUGGGAACCACACAUACAUGAUUGAACCAGGAGGAGAGAAUACUACAAGUGAGGAGGUUCAUGUGCACAUGAUUUAUCAGUCUCCUGGUUUGGACCCCCCAGAGGACUUCAUUUCCGCAGUUCAUCUGGCAGAGUCACCGUUCCAGAACCCUCCACUGCCCAGUGCUGCCCUCAGAAGGAAAAAGAGACAAAUAUUGCGCAACCCACGGAGUGUUGCAGAUGAGACCAAAUACAUAGAGCUGAUGGUCAUAAAUGAUCAUUUGAUGUACAAGAAACAUCGCCUUUCCGUUGGACAGACAAAUAACUAUGCCAAAUCUGUUGUGAAUAUGGCUGAUCUGUACUUCAAAGAACAACUCAACACUAGAAUUGUCUUGGUUGCGAUGGAGACGUGGGCUGCAGACAACAGGUUUAACAUCAACGACGAUCCCAUGGUGACAUUACGAGAGUUUAUGAAGUACAGAAGAGACUUUAUUAAAGAAAAGUGUGACUCCGUUCACCUUUUCUCGGGCAACCGUUUCCAUAGCAAUUGGGGAGGAGCCUCAUACAUGGGCGGAGUCUGCUCACUCACUAAAGGAGGCGGAGUUAAUGAGUAUGGAAAGACUGAAGAAAUGGCUAUAACUCUCGCCCAGUCUCUUGGACAAAAUAUCGGCAUCUUUUCUGAUAAGAAACGUAUUUUGAACGGGGAGUGCAAGUGUGAAGAUAAAUGGUCUGGCUGCAUAAUGGAUGAUGUUGGCUUCUACUUACCCAAGAGAUUUUCUGACUGUAACGUGGAAGAGUUUCAUGAUUUCCUGAACAGUGGAGGUGGUGCGUGUCUCUUCAACAAACCUUCAAAGCUCUUGGAUCCUCCACAGUGUGGAAAUGGUUUUGUGGAGGCAGGAGAAGAGUGUGACUGUGGCAGCCCAGCCGAGUGUGCUAAAGAAGGAGAGAACUGCUGCAAGAAAUGUAUGUUGACUCAGGGAGCCAAAUGCAGUGAUGGUCUCUGUUGUAAGAACUGCCAGAUGGAGUUUAUGGGCGUACUUUGUCGUGAGGCUGUCAAUGAUUGUGACAUACCUGAAAUGUGCACUGGAAACUCCAGCCAGUGUCCUCCAAACCUGCACAAGAUGGAUGGGUACACAUGUGAGAAAGACCAAGGAAGAUGUUUCAAUGGCAGGUGCAAAACCAAGGACAGGCAGUGCAAAUACCUCUGGGGAGAGAAAGCGACAUCGGCUGAUAAGUUUUGCUAUGAGAAACUCAACAUUGAAGGCACAGAGAAGGGCAACUGUGGACGUGACAGAGACACCUGGAUUCAGUGCAAAAAACAGGAUGUCCACUGUGGAUACCUGCUGUGCUCCAACAUUUCUCCUGCACCCAGACUAGGAGAGUUACAGGGGGGUUUGACAUCUUUCUCUGUGGCCCAGCACAGCGCCUCACUGGACUGCAGUGGAGGCCAUGUACUGAUUGACGGUGACACUGAUUUGGGAUACGUUGAGGAUGGAACGGCGUGUGGGACGGAUCGCAUCUGCUUUAACCACAAAUGCCUUCCAGUGCAGGAAUUCAACUUCAGCACGUGCCCCGGCACCAACGAAAGGGUGAUCUGCUCCGGACAUGGGGUGUGCAGUAAUGAGCUCAGGUGUGUGUGUGACCUGGGCUGGGCAGGUGAGGACUGUAACUCCACAUCUUCUUUGAGUUACCUGCUGGUGCGACCCACAGCCAAAACAUCAGGCAUCAUCACUACUAACAUCAUCAUCGGGGCCAUUGCGGGCUCUAUCCUGGUCCUUGCACUGAUUCUAGGCAUUUCUGCAUGGGGAUACAAGAGCUACAGACAGCGUCAGUAUGCUGAGUCUGACGUACACAGAAGAUUCUGUCGUCAAAUGCCUCCGGGUGAUUACGUGAAGAAGCCUGGAGACGCUGAUUCUCUGUACAGUGACAUGCCGCAGGGCGUGAGCUCAAACUCCGGCAGCAGUUCCAAGAAGAGAUCUAACGGUCUGUCUCACUCCUGGAGUGAAAGAAUCCCAGAUGCCAAGCACAUCUCUGACGUCUGUGAAAAUGGACGGCCCAGGAGCAACUCAUGGCAAGGAAACAUCACAGGUACCCGUAAGAAGCUCAAGGGGAAGAAGUUCCGUCCUCGCUCCAACUCUACAGAGACACUGUCACCCGCCAAAUCGCCCACUUCUUCAACGGGCUCCAUCGCCUCCAGCCGGAGAUACCCCUACCCCAUGCCUCCCCUUCCGGAUGAGGAGAGGAAGGCCAACAGACAGAGUGCCAGGCUGUGGGAAACGUCAAUAUAAAAGAACUCCUCGAAACUGGUCUGCAAAACUCCGUAAGGAUUUUCCUCUGCUUUUGUAUGAAUGAGAAAACGAAACCAGUAAGAAAAUAAGGAAUUCAAAUGGAGAAACAAGGGACGAGUGAAUGGAAGAGCUGGGCGUGGUCUCCUCCGAUGUCUGUUCAGCAUUUGUGGCGUAGAGCCGUCUUACCCUGGACGUUGCGGAGCACGGUAUCAGAUUCCCAUUCCUGCUGUCAUUCGUAAACAAGACUCAGGAACACGAUUUCAUCACGAGACAAACCCCGAAUGGCAGCCAUGCUGAACAGAUACAGAGACAACGGCAGCCACUCGUGCCCUCGUUAAACCCCGCCCCCUCUCGUGACCCCACAUACGACCAGCCCCGCCUCCAAACACAUGCUGUCUUGUGAUUGGUGCCCUUGUUGCCCGGGUGCAAGAGGCUCAUGCAGGAGCAGGAAGUUAACUAUUGUUUUGAACGCACGCUGUCACUGUAGAACCUACUGCUGUAUGCAUGAGAAAACAUGUUUAUCGAUUCCUUGUAGUGUAACGAUGUACAAAUGUUUUAAGAUCUUUCACUCAAGGGUGCCGCAUGUAUUGAAGGACAGCUUCGUAGGCUGAUAAGAUUCAAUCCCGUUUGAACCCCCCCAUGCCCACAUUACAAGAACAUCAUCCGGUCCCGGUAAUCUUUUCUCAGAGAAUUUUGUACAUAUGUCAUAUAAUUCAGAGUGAAGUGUGAGAGUGUAGUAUUUUUCGGUUUUGACAUUUGGUUGUGGAGAGCGUGUCUGUCCUGUGAUUGUCUUCAUAAAUUAACAGAAUCCAUCUUAAGCCUAGUGCGUGCUAUAAGACAGAAGCACCGUUUCAUUAAUUCUGCAUCAGUCCCAAAUCAUGGCAGCACAUCGCAAUCAGAAAUACUAUUGUAAUAAGCACAUUUCUAUUUCAGAUUGUGUAAAGAUGCUAAAAUGAAUUUUAAAGUCCAACACCCUGCAGAGGUAAUAGGUAGACCCUGGCAUCUCUUUGGAUAUAAUGGGUGGAGAUUUAAAAUCUGUGUAAAAGCAAUUCAGAGAAUUGUUUCUAAACACAUUAUAAAUGUUAGAAAUGUAUUGCUGAAAACACGUUGCAAAGACUGUGAACAAUGUAGUACUGAAUUGUGGAGUUAGAUCGUUAAACAGUUUUUCACCAUUUUUGUGUUCAAGAUUUUUAGGCGGGCCUGAAAUCAUGGCCCCUCUCUAACACUAUAAUAACUAGAGCGUAUUCGCCUGCUUAGUUGCGAGUUACUGUCAUUAUUGUUAGUUACUACAGCCUACAGUAUGCUAGCUAACUAUGCCUUUGUCACAUUAAUGCAUGUUACCUGUGGCGGCAUUUGACUGUUGAGAGAGGCGGCAGCUUUCCCACGAGUGGGCGUGGUUUCAGAUCUGCCGGCGGACACGCCCCCAGCGUUUGCGAGCAGAGAAUGCUGCUUGUUUUUUCAAGAUUUUGAUCACUUUUAUUUACUUGGCGUUUUUUUUAUCUUUCAAAUUUGGCUGCAUGGUUAAUCAAAUAUUUUUUUGUGGAGUUGACAAACUCAGAACACGUGUUUUAUAUCCACCAUCAUAAGAACGGGCCAUUUGUAAAUUUUAUGGGUUUGGCUCUGGUCUCAUCCAUGCCCAGCUAUUUUUAGCUGUACAAAACAGCUCAUUUUGCUGCCUGAUAGUGCACAUUAGUGUGUCUUACCAUGUUAUUUAAAUGUAUUAUCUUAAUUAUGAACAAACUAGUUUGUAGUACUAACAGUUUUACCGUUUACGUUAUUUCCCUGUAGCGGAUAAUGAACCGGAAGUCUCACCCAUAGGCUUACUUUCGCAUUGAAGAAGAAGGUGGAUUGCAUUACUCGGACUUUAAGGUCUGACCCAGUGUUGCCAAGUCCACAGUUUUCCCGUAGAACUGGGCUACUUUAACACUGUUGCCACAGGUUGUUUUUAAAGGUCCACUGAAGUGCUUUGAAACACACAGCGUCAUUCUAUGUGUUGACGUAAUUUCAACUAAAACAGGAAGUCAGUCCCACAGCCCCGCCCCCUUUUUAAAAUAGCUAAUAGUGUUUCGUUAUAUCACAGCUUGGGCUAGAGCUGUUGAGCUCGGUAUAGUUGCAUUUGAGAUCUCAUCCAAAUUGCUAUAAAUAUACCAUUCUGUGUAGAAUUCACAUAUUCAUACUAAAAGCCAAAAUUUAAUUUUAAAUUCAUGGGGACUUUAAUCUCCAUGGGUUGAAGCGAUUCCAUUAACGUGAUAUUUAGCUCCUGGAAUGUGAAUUUUACUAGGGGUACCCCACCAAAAAAAUGUGUAUUUUACCCACUUGAACACAAUUAAAACCAGGGGACCCCCUCCGAAACGUGAUAGUUUUGAGUAGCAAUUGGGCGGGUUUUGUUGUGAAAACCUGGCAACCCUGGUCCGAACCACACGCUAAUCCUAAUCUAACCACUCAACACAAGAGACCGGGUUUAAGCGGACUAGAUGAUUGGAGAAUCUGACAUCGGAGAGAAGUCUGCCAUUUUUAAUGGAAGAUUUGUUGUGACAGAAUGAAGAAAAACGGGUAAUUGCAACUUUUUAUCUACAAUUUCUGACUUGAGUUGUUUCUCAGAAUUGUGAAAUAUAAACUCAGAAUUCUGAUUUUUUUUUUUCCUGAAGUUUAUGUCUUAUAAAGAAGUCAAAAUUGUGAGAUAGAAACUCAGAAUUAUGAGAUAAAAAGUUGCAAUUACUUUUUUCUUUGUGAUUUGUUUAAGCAUUACGAGGUCAAAAAUGAAAUAAUGCAUGGGCAAAUUUGUAGAGUGUUUUCAUGAUCAUCAGUCGGCCAUAUUGGUGGCACGGAACGUAAAAAAUACCAUUGAGCUGAACGAAACUUGCAUAUUUAGCUGAUUAUUGCUGCUGAAAAUGGUCAAUUAUUGUCACGUUUUGGGCUGUACUAAUCGGUCGGAGCAGUAAACACAUUUGGAGUACUAUAGACUACCAGAAGUUAUAACAAAUCAAGCAAAAAACUGUCUGAGGAACAAAAAGGCAUUUGUGGUUGGCCAAACUGAACCAGGAUUUCCAGGGCAAGAAUCUUGACAACAUUCAUGUUUGUUUUUAUCAUUUCCAAUCAGAUAGGUAAAGUAUUAGGCUAAUAUCUUAAUUAAUACUGCUCGUACGGAUCUUUACCACCUAUUAACUUUAGUUUAUCAAAAUAAUGUGCCCUUUCCUGCUCACUAAGUCCUUCUCUAUAUGAUUUAAUAGCUUCCACAUGUUUUUUCUGUGGUUUAGACAGAAUAAAUUAGCAGAACAAUGCAUUCAGUAGUACAUUAACCAUGCAAUCCAUGCUGUUGUUUACAUCCGAGGAUCGCCAAUAUGGCCACGCAUGCGGGUAACUGACCAAAUCAUGACACAAACCCUGUGCAAAAAAGUACAAACCCUCUAGAUCAACAACAUAAAUUAAGAUAAUUGAUGAAUUAAAAAAUCUGCGCUAGUAAGUUUGUGACACACACAGUCGAUUAAAUGUGAUGUGCUACCAUAACAAGAGGAGAGAAAAUGAAAUGAGCUUCUGAAUUGUAACGUGCACAAGGCUUUAGUUUGUCUCUGUUGGUGUUUCUAAUGAGUUUUCCCACUCAUGCUCAAAGCCGAAUGUAAUUGUUUCAUUUUCAUUAUCAUAAUCUUCAUCUCACCUUAUUUAUAAUUCUCUAGUAAGCGUAAGGAAUGUGAAUUUAGCUGAUUGUUUUGGGUACUUGGCUUUUUUGUGAUAAAUGCUGCAUUCAUGAAAACAACAGGAACAGAUUUGCUUAUCUUGUAUCCACCUUAUCAUUGUAACCGUAAGAGCGGGCGCAGCCAUUUUUAACCAGAACGUGCGAGGUUUCCGGUGUCAGCCCGGUUAUUUUAACUAAACAAAACAGUCUGUUAUGAUGCAUAAUAUUGCAAGCUUUAAUUCAUUAUGGUAAUGAUACAUACUGGUCUGUUACUAGCACAAAUAGUUCUACAGUUAACUGCAUUUUGUUUUUCUUCGGGUUAUUUACCCAUUGCAUCUGAUGAAACGGAAGUCUCGCACAUUCACACAAAAAUAGCUUACCUCCGCAUUGAUUUUAGAUCAAAAGGUGGAUAAAACGAAAGCGAAAUGCAAGAACUGAAGGAAAUAUAUGUCUGUCUGGUUUUAUAUGAGAGACUGAACUAAUAUACUCAACUAAAACCCCGAAGAUGUGUGAAUGUAAGACUAAACAUAUUUCCUUGAUCAUUGAUGAUGUUUAGGGAGGAGAUUUUUUUUUAAACACAUUCUCCCUGAAUAACAUGUAUGUAGACUUGCUGUUAUGAACCCAUAAUCACGGUUUUCUGAUUUCGUUAAGACGUUUGUUUACAGCAUGACUCUUCACGCUGCAGUAUCCCUCUGGUCACGUGACCGCCCGGCCUUGAUAGAUCGCCUACUUCUGGUCAGUAUUGUAUUAGUAAUGGCAGUUUUCAUCUGUACAUAGUCUGCUGUGCGUCCGACCUGUCGGCACUGAAUUUUUGCACUCUGCCUGUAAUCCACGAAUAACGUCCCGUAACAUCGCCAUGAUGCAUAUGAAGUAUUUUUAAGGUAACUUUGUAAAGUCUUUCCCCCCUUCCCAGUAUUACUACUUGUACAUAUUUAACCCCGACGACAAUUAAGUGCUUUAGAAUGAUUACCACCGCAAUAGGUUUUGUGCAAAUGAGGUUUUUAUUUCAUGUAACAGGUCGCCUUUGUACAUCACGUGGGACACUGUUUCUGUGUUUGUAUUUGCAGUUUAAACACACCGUCAGGAGACUGAACUCACACAAAGAACACGAACAAUAACUCAGUAUAGUUUCGCUAUUUUGUUUAUAAUAACUGACCAUCUGAAGCAAUACUCUCUGCUCACUGUGACCCUGACCUGUCCGAAACAAAUGCACACUCGUACUGGAAUAAACGUGUCAGUCAAAUCCGAGUCGGAUGCCAGUCAUAUUAAUCGAUUUAUCGGGCGUCUCAGCACAUUGAUCCCUGAUCGAAAGACACAACCAAAAUACCUAUGAAUGUAUUUAAGAAAAAUCAUAUUUUCACCCAUAACCACACCCACACUGAGAUCUUUAGAAGCCUGUUUUCACCACAGGAUCAAUAAUAAUAAUUAUUAUUAUUAUAGUAAUAAUGAUAAUUAAGGUAAUUACUUUUUCUCACAAACAAGUGAAAUAAAUUUUUUUUUUUUUUUUUAAAAAUUCAUUUUCAAAAUUUUGAAGAAAAUGUGGAAUUGCAAGAUAUAAACUCAGAAUUCUGACUUUGUCACAAUUCCGAGUUCAUAUGUCGAAAAUAAUUUUCCCGCUACAGAAUAAAAAAAAAAAAUUAAAAAAGGAAAGUGAGUUAUAUAAUAAUAAUAUAAACAAUAUAAAAAUAAAGAUAACUGGCUUUUUAUUUAACAAUUCUGGCUUUUCUCAUAAUAUGUCACCAUUCUGAGUUUUUUUUCCUCAGAAUUGCAAGAAAAUUUUAUUUUUCUUUUAUUAUAAUUUUUUUAUCAUAUGGUGAAAACACGCUACUAUAGCGAUAUCUGUGGAAGCUCAUUUCUGCCACUGAAUAAAAAAGAAAAAAAAGGUAAUUGCGACAUUUUAUAUUACAGUUCUGAUUUUUUUUCUCAUAAUAGUGAAUUUACACAGUUGGGAGUUAUAAAGUCAGAAUUGCGAGAUAUAAGCUCACGUGUGGCUUUUUUCUCAGAAUUGCAAAUUUGUAUUCCGCAAUUUUGACUUUAUAACACGCAACUGCAAGAACAUAGUGUUUUUUUCCGCCUCAAAAUUGGACUUUAUAUCUCACAAUUCUGAGAAAAAAAGAGGUCAAAAUUACGAGAAAUUGUGAGUUUAUAUCUUGCAAUUCUGACUUUAUAACUUGCAGUUGUGACUUUAUAUCGCGCACUGAAUAAAAAAGGUCAAUGCGACAUUUUAUAUCACAAUUCAGACUUUUUUCUUGCAACUGCGAGCAUACAUUUCACAAUUUACUUUUUUCUCUGAAUUGCGUGAUAUGAACACAAUUGAGAGCUAUGAAGUCAACUGAGACAUAGAUGCAAUUCUGAGAAAUAAAGUUAGAAUUGUGAAAGAUAAGAUUCUGACUUUAUAACGCAAGAACGUAAGUCCUUCCCCCCCCUCAAUUAAACUAUAUUGUACAGUUCAGAGAAAUAGUCAAAAUUGUGAGAAAAAAAAAUCUGAAUCGCAAGAUACAAACUCUCAUUUACGAGAGAAAAAAAAAGUCAGAAUUGAGUUUUUAAUCUCGCUGUUCCGACUUGCAAUCCUAAGUUUUUAUCUUGCAAUUCUGACUUUAUAACUCGCAAUUGUGUUUAUAUGUCACAAUUAUAAAAUGAAAAAAAAAGUCGCAAAAACCUAUUUUUUUUAGUCAGUGGCGGAAACAGGCUUCCAGAAAUCUCUCUCUCACACACACACAUACUGAAAUCCAGGACAGCGUUAAUUGGAAGUGAUUUUUUUCUUUGCAGCUGUAAUUGACAUCUUUUUCAUGCCUUAUGCGCAGUCAGCCACUGUCACACUCUUUGUUGUUUCUCUUGUGUUCGCAUCUGACCGUGUACACAGUGUUGUAUUCAUAGAUUCUUCAUGGCUGUUUUUGUUCAUUGUGUGCUGUACAUAGACUGACAAUUAAAAUGAUAAAUGCUCAUUUUUUUCAUACAGUAUCCAUUCAGUAUUGUAAUAUAUUUAAGAUAAAAGUAAAACUUUCAUUCAAAUCA